GGCGCGAGGCCGGCGCUGUGCUUGCCGCGGGGAUCGCUGCUCCUCUGCCGGGCGCGGAAGGCGGCUGUGCGGCGCGCGGGCGCGGGGCGGGGUGCGGUCAUUCUCGCCUGGACUGACGAAGCCUCCAGAGAAUCCCGGGGCUCCGAGGUUCUGGGACCACACAAGAGCUCCAAACCCAGAGAGUGAAAGACACGAUGAAUGGUCAUAUUUCUAAUCCCAGUGGUUACGGAAUGUACUCAACGCCAGUAAAUGGCUACGGUUCAUCACCUACCUAUUCCCAAAUGGACCGAGAGCACAGUUCAAAAACAAGCGCAAAGGCCCUUUAUGAACAGAGAAAGAAUUAUGCACGGGACAGUGUCAGCAUUGUGUCAGAUGUAUCCCAGUAUCGUGUGGAACACUUGACUACCUUUGUGCUGGAUCGAAAAGAUGCUAUGGUAACAGUUGAUGAUGGAAUAAGGAAGCUGAAAUUGCUUGAUGCCAAGGGCAAAGUGUGGACUCAAGACAUGAUUCUUCAAGUGGAUGACAGAGCUGUGAGCCUGAUUGAUUUAGAGUCAAAGAAUGAACUGGAGAAUUUUCCUCUCAGUACCAUCCAGCACUGCCAAGCUGUGAUGCAUGCAUGCAGCUAUAAUUCUAUUCUCGCCCUGGUGUGCAAAGAGCCAACCCAGAACAAGCCAGAUCUUCAUCUUUUCCAGUGCGAUGAGAUUAAGGCCAACCUGAUUAGUGAAGAUAUCGAAAGUGCUAUCAGUGACAGUAAGGGAGGGAAACAGAAGAGGCGGCCUGAUACCCUGAGGAUGAUUUCCAAAGCCGAACCUGGCAUCCCACCUCCACCCAGAGCACCGGCCCCUGUGCCCCCCGGAACUGUGACCCAGGUUGAUGUGCGAAGCCGGGUGGCAGCCUGGUCUGCAUGGGCAGCUGACCAAGGGGACUUUGAGAAACCAAGGCAAUAUCAUGAGCAGGAAGAAACACCCGAGAUGAUGGCGGCACGGAUUGACAGAGAGGUGCAAAUCUUAAACCACAUUUUGGAUGACAUUGAAUUUUUCAUUAUGAAACUCCAAAAAGCAGCAGAAGCAUUUUCUGAGCUUUCCAGAAGAAAGAAAACUAAGAAAAGUAAAAAGAAAGGACCAGGAGAGGGUGUUUUAACACUGAGGGCAAAACCUCCACCUCCUGAUGAGUUUGUUGACUGUUUCCAAAAAUUUAAACAUGGAUUUAACCUUCUGGCCAAAUUGAAGUCUCACAUCCAGAAUCCCAGUGCUGCAGAUUUGGUUCAUUUCCUAUUUACUCCGUUGAAUAUGGUGGUACAGGCAACAGGAGGCCCUGAACUAGCCAGUACAGUGCUUAGCCCCCUCCUGACUAAGGACACAAUUGAUUUCUUAAAUUAUACAGUCAAUGCUGAUGAACGGCAGCUGUGGAUGUCCCUGGGCGAAGCUUGGAUGAAAACCAGGACAGAGUGGCCAAAAGAACAGUUUAUCCCCCCUUAUGUCCCACGUUUCCGGAAUGGUUGGGAGCCACCAAUGCUGAACUUCAUGGGCGCACCAAUGGAUCAAGAUCUUUAUCAGUUGGCUGAAUCUGUGGCAAGUGUAGCAGAACACCAACGCAAGCAAGAAAUUAAAAGAUUUUCUACAGAGCAUUCCGGUGGAUCAGACUACUCUCCUGGGGAUGCCUAUACGUAUAACAGCAACCUUUACACCCGAGCGCCCCUUUCAGAACAAGGAGAACCUGCUGUUGCUAUUAAGCCAACUCCGAGCCGCCAUGUAGAUAGGAACUAUGACCCAAUGAAAACACAACCCAAGAAAUAUGCCAAAUCCAAGUACGACUUUUUAGCCAGGAACAACAGUGAGCUCUCAGUCCUAAAGGAUGAUAUUUUAGAGAUCCUUGAUGACAGGAAGCAGUGGUGGAAAGUUCGAAAUGCAAGUGGAGACUCUGGAUUUGUGCCAAAUAACAUUUUGGAUAUUGUGAAACCUCCAGAGUCUGGGUUGGGGCGUGCUGACCCACCAUAUACGCAUACCAUACAGAAACAAAGGCUGGAGUAUGGGCCAAGACAAUUAGAUACUCCCUCUGCACCUGCACCUCCUCCUGUGCCAGCUCCUAUUCCUGUUCCGCUUCCCCCUGCUGCCCCUGCAACUGUUCCUGUCUCGAAGAUCCCAGCCAACAUAACCCGGCAGAACAGCAGCUCCAGCGAGAGCGGUGGCAGUAUCAUUCGAGACAGCCAGAGACAGAAACAACUUCCAGUGGAUCGUAGGAAAUCCCAGAUGGAGGAAGUGCAGGAUGAGCUGAUCCACAGGCUGACCAUUGGUCGGAGUGCUGCCCAGAAGAAGUUUCACGUGCCACGGCAGAACGUGCCUGUUGUCAACAUCACCUAUGACUCCACACCCGAGGAUGUGAAGACCUGGCUGCAGUCCAAGGGAUUCAACCCUGUGACUGUCAAUAGUCUUGGAGUAUUAAAUGGUGCCCAACUUUUCUCGCUCAAUAAAGAUGAACUGAGAUCGGUGUGUCCUGAAGGGGCCAGAGUCUUUAGCCAAAUCACCGUACAAAAAGCCGCACUAGAGGAUAGCAACGGCAGCUCUGAGUUGCAAGAAAUCAUGCGACGACGACAGGAAAAAAUCAGUGCAGCUGCCAGUGACUCAGGAGUGGAAUCUUUUGAUGAGGGAAGCAGCCACUAAUUUUUGUGUGUGCGUUUAAAAUUCCGUAUUCUUGGCAUUAUUCCAAUAUGCUUUGUUUUAAGAAGCCUUGAAGGGAAUGUCAGAUUUGUUUUUUUCUUGGUCUAUUUAAUUUAUCACCAUUAAAAAAAUGCAAAUCUAAGUAAGCAGAGGAGUUGUGUGAAGGAUCAUUAUUUUUCUAAAAUUGAAAAAAGAUCUUAAACUGAAAAAUUUUGCCCUGGGAAUAUAUAUUUUCUGCUUGGCUACAAUGAAAUUUCCUUAAUUAGAUUAAUUAUUCAAGCCAUAUUUGGGGUGUAUAUAUAAGAGGUUGUUGUGACGCCUAAAUUCAUCACAACCAAGCAGAUAUUGUCAGUGAUUUGAAAUCUACAUGAAAUUGCAGUUUUGCCUGUGAAUGUGAUGUCUGGCCUCUCCUUACUAAGUCCCUGCUUACUUAGGUCUCUGACAUGCUCAAUGAUAGACUGUUUAUUUAACGUUCUUAAUGCCAAUGGUAUAACAAACAAACAAACAAACCAGAAAAACAGCAUUGAAACAUUUGAAUGACUGUAAAGUACAGCCAGACCUGCACUUGCAAAUGCAAAGCUGUGGAGGAUUCCACAGACAUGUUACACAGCUCUCUUGAUCAUAGUUUCUUGCACAGUCUGUAUAUUGAUUUAGUUCAUAUUCUGCUGCUUAUGACUUACCGUAUUCCUGUAUGUGAGAAAGCACAAGUUGGAAAGAGGUCAUAUCCAAUCAAAAUCUGUCACGCAGAGUAGCCUGCCCUGGUGCACAUGACAGUAUUUUGCUUAACGAUGGCCUGUGAGUAUUGAUAGAAGUAGUGAAAAGGAACCUGGGGCCAUUUAUUGUGUAUUUCUGUGUCAAGUCUUUUUGGUAAGAAGAAACACUUACUUUACACAUAUUUUGAUCCAGUCAUAGAUUCUAGAUAGAGGAAAGAGAGAAACCUAACCUUCAACAAAAGUUAUUUUUGGAAACACAAUUUUUGUCAUUAAAUGUUAUUUCACAUAUAUAAAACAGAUGUUAUGUAAGACUGUUGUAUAUUUUAACAUAAAUCCAUUUAGAGAGAUGAUCUAGAUUCAUUAAUUUUCAUAGUGCCUUUUUCACAAGUCAGCUGAAAAGUCUGCAAUAAACAGUAUUUGCUGUAUGUUAAUAAACGGUUUCUGUUUUAUUAGAAGGGAUAUUUGCUGUGUAGAUUGGGAUUUACAAUUGAAUGGAAUAAAUUGGGAAAAAGUGGA